CUGGAACAAAAGUUUUAAAAAAUAAGAAUUAAAGGUAAAGCCAAGUUAAAAUCUUGUCUUAAAUAAAGAGAGGGAGAAAAGAAAAAAUAGUGUGUCUGCCAUAAAGAGCCUGUCCUUGUGCCUUGGUGCUCUAGCCUCUGCCAGAAGCUUUAAUAGCACCAUGGCAUCUCCUUCUCCUGUCCCCAAAGUGACAAACACACCAGCCUUUACUGCAGGCAGGUCAGGGCCUCAGAUAAAAUAAACAAGCAGUUUGAGGGAGAGAAUAAAAUGACCCCCAAAUUAAGUAUCUGAAUUAUUUUCUAAAGAGGGUGUGUGAUGGUGUGCAGCGUAACUAUUCUGACGGCACAUGUGCACCCCAGCUCCACAGCCAAUGCAGGCCCCAGCAUGCAGUAGCAGACUCCUGUGACAGGCAUGAGGUUGGCUUCCGCCCUGCCAGCUCAGCUCUCAAGGAGACCUCAACAAAGAAUAUGGGAGUAAGGGUAAGAAUGAAAGGCACACAGGUGGAAAAAUGUCUGGCUGCCCCUCACAAUGAAGACACCAUGAGGGAUAGUCUCAAUAGUGGAGGGGAAGAAACUUAUUUCAGAAUAAACCUGAUUGUUUAUCUGCCACUGUAUAACACUUGAGCUCAUUCACCUGAGUCUAUUCUGGAUCAACUAUCAGAGUAAGACCCUCAGCAUGGGAAUCUGAGCCCUGGCAAGGGCAUCCUUGACCCUUCCCUAUCUGGACAACACCAAUAUGGACCCUACACAGCCACUAUGCUGGCGCCUGGCUCAUCAGGUCCCGUCUCAGUGAGGCUGCACGGAGCUCAGUGGGUGCAAACACAUGAAUUGUAGCUGCAGGCGGAGGAAUAUCAGGUGCAUCUCUACGCCCUGAGGGCUCAACUCCUACACUUAAAUCCCUCCCACUGGAACAGCCGGCUCCAGUUUCACCCAGCCAGCAAGCCAGCGUGAGAACACAUCCUGCUCCUCAGCCCUCAACAGCAAGCUCCUGACGCUGCACCCAGCACUACCCAGCUCUGCUCUGGGCACCACAAGAGGAGCCCUCAUCAGACUCUCAGUACAUGAAGCUGGCUUCAAAUAAAAGGAUUCAGAAACAGCGGAAAGACAGAGUUCACUUCCUUAUAAGUCACCACCUCCAGUUAAAGAAAAGCCAGCAGUCACUACCCUAGUGAGCUGACAGUCUCAACACAGAGGACAAUGAGUCUCCUGAAAGAACGAAAACCAAAAAAGCCACACUACAUCCCUCGACCCCCAGGAAAACCCUUCAAGUACAAAUGUUUCCAAUGCCCCUUUACGUGCAAUGAGAAGUCACACCUCUUCAAUCACAUGAAGUACGGUCUCUGUAAGAACUCCAUCACUUUAGUGUCAGAGCAAGAUCGUGUGCCCAAGUGCCCCAAGUCUAACUCGCUGGACCCUAAGCAGACCCACCAGCCAGAGCCCACCACAAAGCCAGCCUCUUCCAAGUCCCUCACAAAUGGACUCUCCAGCUUUGAGCCAAAGCCCCCACAGGGCUUCAACAAGGAAGACACCAAGGAGAAUCUAGAACUUGAGGCUUGUGGAGCACACAAGUGCCUGCAGAAGCCAGUCCUCCAGAAGGAAAUGGCACCUGACACUGUCCUCAGUACCCAGCCCAGCCUGGAAAGCGGGGCUCGGCCUUCAGCAUUUGUUCCAGUUGGAGAACACAGAUUUAGGGGGCCAGAAGACACAGAGUCUCCGGAGGUGCUAGCAUUAACCAAUCCCACCACCAAAGCCACCUCUUUCCACACCAAAUCUGCAUUUCAUACUCCUAGCUACCCCUGGAAAGCUGGUUCCCCAUUCCUCCCACCUGAGUUCCCACAUAAAAUCCCAUCUACAAAGGGAUUCAGUGCCAUCCCCCCCUAUGUGCACCCAGCAAUCCCUGAAUACCCUCCUCCCUUCUACACAGAGCAUGGGCUGGCUGCCAUCUACUCACCCUACCUACUAGCUGGAAACACGCCCGAGUGUGACUCUACCCUGCUUUCUGUCUAUGGGCCCCAAGACCAGAGACACUUCCUGCCUCACCCAGGGUCCAUCCCCAAGCACUUGAACCCGUCUCCAUCAACAUAUGAGCACUAUAGACUCUUCCAGCACUACCACUCCAACCUGCCAAUUCCUUAUGGAUUUUAUAGGCCAGAGUCUGCAUUUUCCUCUUAUGGUCUCAGGCUCCCACCUGUCACUGGCAUCACACGAGAUCAGAGCUCUCGUCUGUUUGAAGAUGCUACACUGGCUUACCCAUCUUCAAGUCCCUCUGAGUUAAACCUGUCAAAUUCACACAAAAAGCCCACAGAUUUUGAGAAGGAAAGUUCAAUUUCCAAGGCAAAAGACAUUUCCAAAGAUGGGCAGAGGGACACGGAAGGAGCCAAAAUGAGCCCCCGUGCAGGUAGUGCAGCCACAGGCUCCCCAGGAAGGCCAAGCCCCACCAACUUCACACAGACAAGUCAGACGUGUGAAGGCCUGUGUGACCUCUCAAACAAAGCAACCCCUACAGGGGCCCUGGGGCAACAGCCAGAGCAAUGCCCCACAGCCUUCAAACCUGUCCUGAGGAGUGAAGAACACCCUCCUUCCCAGCCUCCUACAAGUAAAGCAGAGUCUCCAAAAAGCCUCCAAGCCAUGGACAGAGACUCUCCGACUCAGACAGGGAGCACCUCUCCCCGUGCAGAGGCCCCGCCCACCAGCCCAGAGGAUAGUUCCGGGAUAAGCCCCCUCAACCUCUCCAAAAAGUCAGAGGCAACACCUAUAACCUCUCAUGGACCCAUGUACACAGGCAGUGCCCAGGUAAACAACCUGGGCUUCUCAGAACUGCAGGACCUGCCCCUCAAUCUCUCCGUGAAGGACUCCUGCAAUACAUGGGCUCUAAGGCCUGCCCUCCCCAGCCCACUGCAAGGGACAGCAUCUGCUGCUGCCACUACUGCUACUCCUCCAAAGACUGAGGAAAAGGGAUCUGAGAAUGAGCCAAACCAUGCAGAGACCCAACAGGAUGAGGCCCCCAGCGAGAAGACCCCAGAUGCACAUGUAGUAGACAGCAGUGAAGAGCAGAAGCAAACUGCAGCGGUGGCCCUUUGUCAACUGGCAGCCUACAGCCCAGGAAAUAUGGGGGUGGGCGAUGGGGAAGCCACAGCCCAGGAGUCUGCCUGCCAAGACAUGCCCACUCUCAGUUCCACAGAGAACCAGGGGCCUCAGGGUAACCCCAAACCCAAAGGUCAAAAGAGGACAAGUCAAAGGGAUACAGGAAAAUCCCAGCCAGGAACUAAGAAGCCCAAGCCAAAUGAUGCAGCACCAAGAGUGUUCACUCUACGCAGAAGGACCCGGGUGUCCUGAGACUGGCCACAAACACACCCUCAUACUGAGUCCAAAGCAGCACCUUCACUUCACCUUCACUUCCUGCUGUGCUGCCCAAACUGGCCCCAAACUCAAAAGAGCUAGCAAAGGUGUGUGCCCAACUGAACCUUCACUUUUUACACUACUUUUACUAGUGAAGGAAGGAAAGCAGGAAGGGAGGGAGAGAGGGAGGGAGGGAGGGAGGAAGGGAGGGAGGGAGGGAAGGAGGGAGGGAAGAAGGGCAGGUAGGGGAAAAAAGGAGCAUAAUUCAGUCAUUCAAUUCCAUUUUUGUAAACAUUAAGUAUGAAUGUUAAAGGGUGUUUUCCAGUUGUAAAAACAUAUGAAUGGCUCACAACUGGUGAGUUAAAAGCCUGACUUCCAUAUUUGUGAAAUGUACAAAAUUAGCAGGUGGCUCUCAAGCUACCUUACAGGAGAAUCUUUUCUCAUAAAUACUUUUAGCCCUAGAACAAACCAUUUUAACUGUUUUUCUAUUGAGUCUAGCUACAUGUUUUGAAGUAAAUUACAGUUACUGGGGAAAUACCAGAAAUAUCACUUGCGACAUUAUCAAGUGUUGUGACUGUUUUGACUAAACAGUGCACAAGCAUCAGUAGGCUGUUUAUAGGAGUAAUUUUCUGGAAAAGAAAAAAAUGCAUUACUGGCAAAAGUAUGAUCAAUUUAUUCCAUUUGUUUAUGAUGUCACAGUGAAUUUUCUGGACUUACCAGGCCUCAUCCCUACAAUGAUGUAUAUGUUGCUAAUUUUCCAAUAAACUCAUGUGAAUUUUAAGGACACACAAAAUGAAGAAAAAUAUACAUUUGUGGGAUCCUUUAGAGUAUUUUGCC